CGCCGCUCAUAUCGCUGAGCUCUAGUUUCCAGCGGAGAACCGGUGCCGUUGAGCUUACUGCAGCCGCGGGAGGAUACUUCCGUUCCGCAGAGGGCGACAGGCAGCAGCAGCAGGCAGCCGAGACUGUGGCGGAGGUCCAGACACAAUAGACGGGGGUUCCGGCUCUUCAUUAAUCCAAACCGGUAUGUCGGAUGAGGAUUCCCGUGCCAGCACCAGCUCUUCCUCAUCACCACCUUCAUCCAGCCAAACCAGACAGAGGGACACAACUUGCAAGAAGAAACGGGAAAGCAAAGUCAGCAUGAGCAAGACCUCCAAGCUGCUUUCCACCAGCGCCAAAAGGAUUCAGAAAGAGCUGGCUGACAUCACACUGGACCCUCCACCAAACUGCAGUGCUGGCCCCAAAGGAGACAACAUCUAUGAGUGGAGGUCGACCAUCCUGGGACCACCGGGCUCCGUGUACGAGGGAGGCGUCUUCUUCCUGGACAUCGCCUUCACCCCCGAUUAUCCCUUCAAACCCCCCAAGGUAACGUUUCGUACGAGGAUCUAUCACUGCAACAUCAACAGUCAGGGCGUGAUCUGCCUGGACAUCCUGAAGGACAACUGGAGCCCCGCCCUCACCAUCUCCAAGGUCCUGCUGUCCAUCUGCUCCCUGCUCACAGACUGUAACCCAGCUGAUCCCCUGGUGGGAAGCAUCGCCACCCAGUACACGACUAACAGAGCGGAACACGACCGAACAGCCAAACAGUGGACAAAGCGAUACGCCACAUAAACCCGCGGCGGACGGCGGUGACGUUGGUGGUGGGAGGAGAAGGAGGGGGAGUGGCAGGCA